AAAUAAAAUAAAAUAAAUGCCACGAAAGGGAAGAGAGGAAAGCUAAAUAACCAAAUAAGUUUGUAUCUAAUGAGGACAAAUUGGAUAACGAGGGCAUUGUCAGCUGUGUGAUAUACAGCUGAUAAAAAGUUCAGCUAGGUAUCCUUGAGGUCUGAUUACAGAAGUGGCCCUAUUCCACCCACAGCUAAAUUUUAUUUAAGAGAUCAAACGGGGCUCUUCCUGGCUUUUAGGAAGCAGACCGUUGUGGGGAAAUGUGUUCCCUGCUAGUUCUUCCAAGCCAUGGCACCUCCCAGCAAAUUCUUUCUUUGGUUUUACUGCUUUGCCUGGCUUUGUUUUUCCAUUAGCCUUGGUUUGCAGGCUUCUAGGGCAGAUGCUCAUCUUACAAAUAGUUCUGAGUUGGAAUCUGGGGCCGAAUCUUGGCCACUAGAUGGGAAAGGCAGAUCUGGCCUCCUUUCCCCUCUCUUCAAGGUUCUAUAUGAUGGGCAAGGUGGGGCCCCCAGGCUCCAACCUGACUCCAGAGCUUUGCGCUACAUGAAGAGACUCUAUAAGGCAUAUGCUACCAAGGAGGGGAUUCCUAAAUCCAACAGAAGUCACCUCUACAACACUGUUCGGCUCUUCACCCCCUGUGCCCAGCACAAGCAGGUGACAGGAGCCCUUCCGUCAGUGGACCUGCUGUUUAGCCUGGAUCGUGUUACUGCUGUUGAACGCCUGCUCAAGUCAGUCUUGCUGUAUACUUUCAACAACUCAGUGUCUUUCCCCUCUGCUGUUAAAUGUUUGUGCAACUUGAUGAUAAAAGAGUCAGAAUUUUCUAACAAGACUCUCCCCAGAGCUCCAUACUCACUUACUUUUAGCUCACAGUUUGAAUUUAGAAAGAAACACAAAUGGCUUGAGAUUGACGUGACCACUCUCCUUCAGCCUUUAGUGGCUUCCAACAAGAGAAGUAUACACAUGUCUAUAGAUUUUACCUGCGUGAAGGACCAGCGGCCUUCUGCACAGGACCGUCCGUUUAACUUGACUCUUCCUACGCCCCCCUCCCUGCUUUUAUAUCUGAACGACACAAGUGCCCAGGCCUAUCACAGAUGGUAUUCCCUCCACCAUAAAAGGAGACCCUCACAGUGUCCUCACCAGAAGAGAGUUCUGUCUGCCUAUUCCAGGGAAGAAGAGGCCUCUGAGGGUGUAAGAUCCUCCCGUCACCGGAGAGACAAGGAAACUGUGAGUUCUGACUUGAAAAAGCCUCUGGUUCCAGCUUCUUUCAAUCUGAGUGAAUACUUCAAACAGUUUCUCUUUCCUCAAAAUGAGUGUGAGCUGCAUGAAUUCAGACUGAGCUUUAGUCAGCUGAAGUGGGACAACUGGAUUGUGGCCCCACACAGGUACAACCCUCGGUACUGUAAAGGGGACUGUCCCAGGGCGGUUGGGCAUCGGUAUGGUUCUCCAGUUCACACCAUGGUGCAGAACAUCAUCUAUGAAAAGCUCGAUUCCUCAGUGCCAAAACCAUCCUGUGUACCUGCCAAGUACAGCCCCUUAAGUGUUUUGACCAUUGAGCCCGACGGCUCAAUCGCUUAUAAAGAAUAUGAAGAUAUGAUAGCCACUAAAUGCACCUGUCGUUAACAGAGGGUCCACUAAACUAUGACUUUGAACCUCUCUGGCAAAGCAAAUGCCAUGUGCCUAUCUGUGCCUUCAGGAGAAAGUGUCUUGUCAUUCAUAUCUCUAAAUAUAAUGCGGCAUGUGUUAUAGAUGAGUGCCUCUGUGGCCUCUAUCACUGUAAAGGGGUACUAUUGGCUUUUUUUUUUUAAUUUCCACAUGCAAAUGAAAUGUGAUUAUUUUGAAGAGCUUUAAAUUUUUUUCCCUGAAUGAUUUUUUUUUUCCUUUUUGUGGGAGUCUUGUUUUUGAUGUGAGGGGGAAAAAAUAACAAAUCUUGGAUGGCACAGAUAAAUCAAUGCUGUUGUGUAAUUUAGUGGAUGAAUAAAUUCUUGACAGUGGCCGUUCUGUGUAUGGAAGCGUGUGUUUUAUUAAAGAUUGCUUUUAAAUGGGCAUUUAGAAGGGAAAGGUAGUGUGUCUGAAAGCUAGUCUAGGCUGAACCACUUUUUUAGAGUAAAAGAAAGACGACCUUCUCUACCUUAAUCCUGAUUAAGAUUCACUAGGAUUUGAAAGUAUGCAAUGUAACCUAUUUCUGUAGUGUUAGGGUGUUCAGUACUUGUAGAUGGCUAGUAUAAACCAGUUUAUUCACAUAAAGCAAUGUAAC